AUGUUCUUUCCUUCAUUGAUCUUGGCUGCUGGCAGCCUGCCGACUCUCAUUCAAGCCAUUCCUCAUGGCGUGAAGCCCCAUCACUCUUUGCACCGUCGCGCCGCUGCCACCUAUGCUGUCAUGGGAGGUACCGGCGACGCCUCCGACGGAUGGCCUUCCAUGAGUCAGUGGUCGGAGUACGAGACUCUCUGGGGUCUCAACCAAAUCCUUAUUGCCGCAUCAUGCGACAACUCUGACGACGAAACAAGCGACAUUAACACCAGCAUCAAGUCGAUUGCCAGCGAAACAGGCAUCGACGCUCGAUUCAUCCUUGCGAUUAUUAUGCAAGAAAGUAAGGGCUGCGUUCGCGUACAUUCCACCAAUAACGGUGUUCAGAACACUGGUCUCAUGCAGAGUCACGCUGGCGAGGGCUCCUGCAACAAGGAUGGCAGCAUGACAACUCCCUGCCCAUCCUCCAUGAUCAAGCAAAUGAUCAAAGACGGCACCGCUGGAACCGCCCAGGGUGAUGGUCUCAAGCAGUGCUAUGAAGCCCAGAGCGGUGCCGAGGCAGCUAAAUACUACAAGGCCGCACGCACUUACAACUCUGGCUCCAUCGCCUCGUCUGGCAAUCUCGGCCAGGGCGGUGCAACCCACUGCUACGCCUCCGAUAUCGCCAAUCGUGUCCGUGGAUGGGCCGGCGACAUGAGCGAGUGUACCGAAGCUACCAUUGGAACCGUUACUAGCGGCGCGGGGUCCGCCCUCGGUGCUGGCGACGAGUCCAGCAGCUCCUCUUCCUCGACCGCUGCUGAGCAGCCCACCGAGACUGCUGAGCCUAUUCAGACCUCUUCUGCCCCCCUCGACGCUACUCAACCUAUCGAAACAUCCACCGCAUCCACUGAGACCACCUCUGCGGGUUGGACCCUUCCCACCUGGUUCCCCAACGUGAAUGUGCACGUCGCUGCGCCGACCAACACCCCUACCCCAUCCUGGACAACCAAGUCCGCGCCAGCCGCGACAACUGCACCAGCGGCCCCCGGCUCACCAUCCGCCACAGCCCCUCUCUAUCCAUACGCCACCUCAUCAUGCCAGAAGUACUACACUGUCACGCACGGUGAUUUCUGUGACAAGCUAACCGAAACUGUCGGAAUCUCCUUCCCGAAGCUUCGCAGCUUGAAUAGUGGCCUCGACGAGAAAUGCUCGGAUCUGUGGCUCGGAUAUCAAUACUGUAUCAAGGCAUAA